UUGCCUGAUCAUACCUGUGUCAGUAAGAAGGGUCUCCAUGGAUCCAUUUGUGGGCUUGGUGUUUUGUCUGUCCUUUCUGCUUCUCCUCUCACUGUGGAGACAGAGCUCUGGAAGAGGGAAGCUCCCUCCUGGCCCCACUCCUCUCCCACUUAUUGGCAAUUACCACCUGAUAGAUAUGAAGGACAUCCGCCAGUCCCUUACCAAUUUUUCUAAAAGAUAUGGCCCUGUGUUCACUCUGUAUUUUGGCUCACAGCCUACUGUGGUAUUACAUGGUUAUGAGGCAAUGAAAGAAGCCCUAAUUAACCAUGGUGAAGAGUUCUCUGGAAGAGGAAGGGUUCCGGUUUUAGAGAAGGCUUUUAAAGGAAAUGGCCUUAGUUUUAGCCGUGGAAAUGUAUGGAAAGCCACAAGGGUCUUCACAGUCAAUACGCUGAGGAACUUGGGCAUGGGGAAAAGGACCAUUGAGAACAAAGUACAAGAGGAAGCACAGUGGCUCGUGGAGGAACUGAAGAAAACAAAUGGCUCACCCUGUGAUCCCCAAUUCAUCAUAGGAUGUGCUCCCAGCAAUGUCAUCAGCUCCAUUGUUUUCCAGAAUCGUUUUGAUUAUAAGGAUAAGGAUUUUCUUAGCUUGAUAGGAAAAGUGAAUGAGUGCAUUGAAAUUUUGAGCUCUCCUGUGAGUCAGAUUUUCAAUGCAUUCCCUAUUCUUAUUGAUUAUUGUCCAGGAAGAAUUAAUAAAUUUUUCAAAAAUCAUACAUGUAUUAAGAGCUAUCUUUUGGAGAAAAUAAAAGAACAUGAAGAAUCAUUGGAUGUUACAAAUCCUCGGGACUUCAUUGAUUACUUCCUAAUUCAAAGACAUCAGGAAAAUGGCAUUGAGCAUAUGAACUAUACCCUUGAAAACCUGGCGUCAUUGGUUACUGAUCUGUUUUUCGCUGGGUCAGAGACCUUAAGCUCAACGAUGAGAUUUGCUCUCCUGCUCUUGAUGAAGCACCCACACAUCACAGCUAAAGUCCAGGAAGAGAUUGACAAUGUAAUUGGGAGACACCGCAGCCCCUGUAUGCAGGACAGGAACCACAUGCCUUACACAAAUGCCGUGGUGCAUGAGGUCCAGCGAUACAUUGACCUUGGCCCAAAUGGUGUAGUGCAUGAAGUGAUCUGUGACACUAAGUUCAGAAACUACUUCAUCCCCAAGGGAACAACAGUCAUAACAUCACUGACAUCAGUGCUGCAUGACAGCAAGGAGUUCCCCAACCCAGAGGUGUUUGAUCCUGGCCACUUUCUAGAUGGAAAUGGAAACUUUAAGAAAAGUGACNACUUCAUGCCUUUCUCAGCAGAAGACCUUGAGGAGUCUUCUGAAGUCUAUAAACAGCUAACUUCAUAA